CUGCUGCUACUGCUGUCCGUGCUGGUGCCGAGGGCCCUGGCCCGCGCGCCGUCUCCAGAGUCUGCUUCCCAAUUACCAGCACCACAAAAUGUGACAAUUGAUUCACGUAACUUGUAUAACUUACUGAGAUGGGCUCCUGUUCAAGUGAAGAAAGGUCCAGUGUUCUAUACAGUCCAGUAUAAAACGCAGUCCUAUGACAAGUGGGGUGAAAUUAACUGUACGCAUAUUGCAGAGACUAAAUGCAAUUUCACAAGUACAGAAAUUCAGAGCCACUGGAUAACUUUUUUCCGUGUUAGAAGUGAGCUAGAAGACAUGCAGUCUGACUGGGUGGAAACAAAUGCUUUUAUGGCAGUGAAAGACACUAUUGUGGGGCCUCCGACAUUGAAAAGUGUGGUUUCAAAACCUGAUUCACUUCUCCUUAAUUUCUUGCCACCUCUUAGGAAUGUAAACCUUUUCUUUGAAGUUGAAUACCAUGUGCACUACUGGGAGAAAUCAACAGAUGUAAAAAAAACAAUUAUAACCCCCAAUACACUGGUCAAACUUAAAAAACUGAGGCAAUUGACAGAGUACUGUUUUCAAAUACAAGCAGCUGUCAAGAAUUCAUUAAGGCCUUACAGCUAUGGAUUACUAAGCAACACCUUUUGUCACCAAACUACAAUGAGCGAUGGGACGAAAGCUGGAUAUAUUCUGCUAAUAUUUGUAGUCACAAUUUUUGUGGUGGUCGGUGUAGCCAUGGGGUUUUUUUAUUUAGGGAAUUUUAAUGAAGUAAUUAAGGCAUGGUCACAGCCAUCUUUAAAAAUCCCAUCACAUUUUGAAGAGGAUCUAAAUGAUCCUAACAUAUCUGUUUUUGAGGACUGGGAGAAUACUCAUGUUGAAGUAGAGCACUGGGACUCCUUGUCAGUUGUCUCCACGGCAGAAGGAAGCUAAAUAGAAGCCUGAACAGAAAUACUCAAACAGCACAUCCACUGCAAGUAAAAUAACAUAAGUGACACUAUGGCUGAUGUGUUUGUACCUGGGCUACACAAAGGUAUCAGCAGCGGCAUUGUACUGAUGCUAUUUAAGGAUGAAGGACAAAGUCAACUUAAAUCGCACGAGACAUGAUGCCCUGAAACCUGAGCAAAAUGGCUUCUAUAUCAAAUAACGUGAAGUGCUUUCUACAGGAGAGACUCUCUUUGGUUGUUUUUAAAGUCACAAAUGUGAACUGAAAGAAAACACUAAGCUUGAAAGUGAUAAACGUGAUGAUUGGAACAGAAUGACUGGAAAAAUAUUGCAGUAACAAGGUUACUUUCACAUACAUUUUUUGUUGCUGAUCUAAGUCUGUCUGGACUAUAACAAUUUUUUUGAGGUUGUUAGCACUUUAUAGUAGGAUAUAUACUAUGCUGUACAGUAGGGUUGGCAAGCUAGUCAGUUGACUGGGCACAUAUUGUUAACUGGCCAGCCAAAUGAAUGCAUAUUUUUGACCAAGGAUUUUAACAGUUUUACCAAAAAAACCCUACAUUUGUUAGUAGUUUUCUUGACAGAAAUACUAUUUUAUUUGUUGACACAUUUCUUAAUGGAAAACUUGUGCUUUUUCUAUGUAUUAUCUGGACCUGUUGGCAAUUUUUUACAAUUUUUGAGCUAUACUUGACCAGUCAAUUGCCCAAAUUUUAUUUGACUGGUCAAAUACUCAACCAUACUCUAUAGUAAUUAAAUGAAUUAUUGCACCAUG